CGAUUUGAUACCUUGCAGCUUUCAAGAGUGUGAUAGACAUAGAUCACCUUUUUGGUACUAGACCUGCGCUUUGCAUAUCACAGCGAUCUUCCCACUCCCAUUCUGACUGUCCCUCCAGAAGAUCAAGCUUCAUAGAUAACGGAGUUCUUUCACCGUUGGCAUUGCAUAUGCAUUGCGGCUUAUUGUUGUUCUUGUUUUUUUUUCCAUUUUUUCCCAUUUUUCUCGAACUUCCUGGAAUACCCAAACUAUAUCUCAGUUCUUCCACAACUUUGUUCGAAUUGAUCUGCGAUCAUUCUCAGUUUUUGUAAAUAAAAUCAUAUAUCAUUCAUUGCCACCGUGCUCCCUCCUGAAAAUCAAAAUGUCGAUCGAUCCGAAGAAAGUUGCCGAGCUGAAAGCCUUUGUUGGCGUGUUGGAAAAGCAGCCGGCUCUGUUGCACCUGCCCGAACUCGAGUUUUUCAAGACCUAUUUGACCAAGCUAGGUGCGACUUUGCCAGAAAAAGCGGAGCCGAAAGAUGCGGGAUGUGGAGGAGGUAACUGAUUGGCUCCAGCAAACCUGCUAGGCUGCUGCUGUCGGCGGGUUUUAUCUAUCACGUAUCGAAGAAAAAAAGUGUUACUGUUACACAUUGCAAGAAAAAAACCGAAUAUUUUCAUGCGUUCAGUAAGAAUUUUUUUGGCACGCAGGUCUGCGAAAACUUCGUUUCUGAUGAAUGACGCAGACAUGACGGAUGCAGCCAGCCAUCGGCCCCCUCAGUUACGUCCUACACUAGCUAGCUGAGGGCGCGCCUAUUUUGGCGCUCCGCUCCCAAUGGCUGGCCCGGAAUGCGGUUCGCUGGCCUUUUGUUUCCUGGCCCCAUCCCGUGACAACAUGAAGCAGAGAAUACAGAUGGAAGGGGACUCGGUCACAAGAGUGGCAAACCGCCUCCGGGUGAACAUUGGCAGGGUUUUGGUAGCCCUGUAGCACGGGUGUUUCGCUAUCAAGCAUGCGCGGCUUGACUUGUAGGCGAGAUAUUUUGUCAGACACCCACGGAAGAGCCUGCGCCCGCAGGAUCCCUGAAAUUCAAUCACGGACGUGGGGGCAGCUUCUUUUGCGUGGUGUGCAAACUUGACGCAGAGCCUCUAGCUGAAGGCUCGCGCUUUCGCGUGUUUGCUUUCAGUCGAGGUGUUACACAUUUGGAAAAAAAGCGGCAAUCUCUUGCGCAAAAUCACCCACAUUUUGACCCUCCCUUGAGGGCUGACCAAUGUUACACUUUUUGGUGUGUAACACAGCAGUUUUUUUGCGAACCCCCAUGGCACUCUGCGAUUUACUGUGUUACACAUUUCAAACAGUAUCAAGAUUCCGCUCGGGGAGAAAAGUCUCGAAGUUGGAUUCCGCCCGGUGAAAAAAGUGUUACAUAUCGAAAAAAAAGUGAUACAGUUGCUAUUUUUUCUGGCCUUGCUUUGACCCCUCAAAAAAAUGCAGUGUGUAUCACUUUUUUUUGCAAUCCGGGUGGAAAGUUGGCUUUCGGGACAGGGCGUCGAUUUCACCAGGAAAGGGCAAAUUACGUAGAGCCAUCAUGGCCACGAUGGGAAGGAAAAGGCUGGCACUGCAAAAGCGCCCGCUCGUCGCGUCAAAUGCCAGCGAGCGCUGUUCUGCAAUUUUCGCUCCCGCGCGUGUCGCCGUUGCGCAAGUCAGGCUGGAGGCGUCAAAAACGGUCGCUGCGGUUCGUCAGGUUUGCGACUAAGUGAAACAGCAGGCAUUGUCCCUCACAAGGUCGAAAGCAUCGCUUUGACCUUGGCCCGCUCUAUUGUUUCGCUGAGACAUUCUGCCGCCGCCCGGUCUAUCAGUCACUGGAGUUCUCAAUCAGGUCCGCGACAUGUAGCAGCUUGCCUUCUUAGCUAUUCCAGUGAACUGAAGCAGCCGCAGCUACGUGGCGGCCUUCUUUUUCCCUGACACGAAAGUGAAAACGCAAUAGGCGUGACAGGUAGCCGCGGCUCGAAAAAAGUUCUAGCCUGCCCUUGAAAAAAUGCGCUAUUUUCGAUGUCGUGUGUAACUGUAACACUUUUUUCCUUCGAUAUCACGCUUAGUGUAGUUAGUGUAGAGAUUCAUUAGGUUCAAUCAUCUUGCUUUCUGUACCAUGAACAUGAUACGUUCUGGCCGCGCCACGACGACGUUGGUCUUGAUCUAUCACGAAAUAUCCGCAUACAAUCAAGGUUCCUGUUGUCCGCCGCCGAAGUAUGAACCGGAGCCAAGGAAAAAGUCGGAAGAUCCCGUGGUCGAAGAGGAAUCCGAUGAGGAAGAGGACAUCGCCGACCCGACGUCCGAUGGGGAAGACGAUCCCCAGCGGCUGCAGGAAGAGACCGUCGCGCUGCCGGCGAUGGGCCCCGACGGCGAGAAGGAACUUACCGACGCAGAAAUGGACAAGCAGGGCGAUCUGAAGCAGGAGGCCCAGGAAUCGCUGGAAGAUGGAGACUUGGACAAGGCGGUAUGACUUCUAGGCGCAUUUUUCUUUAUGCAAUUACAACUGUGUGGUUGUUUUUUCGUCCAUCACCAUUUGUCAAAUGUGGUCACAUCAUGCCGCAAACGCAGUUUUCGUAGAAGACACAAUCUCAAUCAUAACGCAUGAAACUACAGAUCACCACCUUUACGGAAGCAAUUCUGAUCGGAAACGCCUCGGCGAUGAUGUAUGCCAAGCGAGCGGACAUGCUGCUGAAAGCCAAGCGACCAAAGGCUGCCAUCCAGGACGCCUGCAAGGCCCUGGAGCUGAAUCCGGACUCCGCCAAGGCGUACCGCAUUCGUGGUCUGGCCGAGCGCCGGUUGCACCAGUGGGACAAAGCCCAUGCUGAUCUGGAGACCGCACAGAAGUUGGAUUUCGACGAUUCCGUGGAGGAGGCACAGAAACUCGUGGCGGCCAAGUGGAAAAAAUACGAACAGGUACACUCUAGGCCAUGACUGAGCAUUUUGUUCAACUACGAGCGGAAUGCUAUUGGAAAUGGAAUUACGAUUACCUGCUACGUUGAUGAUCAUUUCUGUUUCUUCUUCUUGUGUUUUUUGCUGAUAUGCCAGCCAUCAUAGAACGGAAUUCAUUGGCGAUAGGCACGAAGCGGAAACAAGCUGCUUCUGCAUUUCAAUAUUUCUCUGACGAACGAUGAUGCACAUGAUCUAUAUGAAAUUUAUGUCGACGAUCAACAUCCACUGACAAGGUCCGCGUCGCGCAGCGCCUCCAAAAGGAGCGCAAAGCCCAGAAGGAGAAAGAAAAGGCGAUCAAGAAGCGUCGUGAAGAGAUCCGCAAAGCCCAGGAGGCACAGAAGAAGCGGGAAGAGGAGGAAGCGAAGGACAGCAUGCCGGGCGGAUUCCCAGGGGGCAUGCCCGGUGGCUUCCCCGGCGGAAUGCCAGGCGGCAUGGGCGGAAUGCCAGGCGGUAUGGGCGGCAUGGGUGGUAUGCCCGGUAUGGGAGGCAUGGGAGGAAUGCCGGGAAUGGGCGGAAUGCCGGGCAUGGGAGGCAUGCCAGGUAUGGGAGGCAAAGGAGCGGGCAAGGGAGGCAUGCCAGGUACGAUAGCACCUAGUUUGACACCAGCUGUUUGUAUACUAGUUGAUGUGGAAAUUUCCUUUUCGUUUUCCAACAUUAUGACCUGAUGACUUCGUCUUGGAAUUGUAGUCAAAACACCACAGCAACAGAAAAAUCUUGGUCAAAAUACAAUCAGAUAUUGGCGGUUUGAUGUCGGAUCCGGAUAUCAUGGCGGCUAUGGGCAACCCGAAGGUGAUGGCGGCUUUGCAGGAAUGCAUGUCUAACCCAGCUGCGUUUGCGAAGUACCAGAACGACCCGGAAAUCAUGGGCUUGAUGACAAAAAUGGCCGGCAAGAUGGGCGGCAUGGGUGGAAUGCCGGGUAUGCCCGGUGGCAUGGGCGGCAUGCCGGGUGGAGGUAUGGGCGGCGCGCCUUCCUCAGGCGGACCAGCCACGACGCCGGACUUCGCAGACGUCGAAGAGUGCGACUAG